AUGGAUACCCAAAGCUCUACUGAUUUGAAGAAGAUCUUAGAGACGAUGGAAGCCGAUAAGCGGGAAAUGGCCCAACAAAUGAAAACUAUGCAGGAGCAAAUUCAGGAGUUGAUUGUUUCCCAGAGUCAGGGAGAGGAUUCCAAUUCGAGUGGGUCGGUUAACAAAGGAGGACAGAGUGGUUGGCACCCAAACGACAUCAAGGUCGAUAUUCCCGAGUAUGAUGGAAAGCUGGAUCCGGAUGAAUUCGUGGAGUGGUUACGGACGGUAGAACGGGUUUUUGAUUACAAAAACACAACAGAGGAAAACAAAGUUAAGAUCUUUGCUCUCAAACUCCGAAAGUACGCAUCAACUUGGUGGUCAAAUACUUGUUUGAAGCGAGAACGUGCUGGGAAGGAUAAAAUUCAGACUUGGCCAAAGAUGAAGACAAAGAUGAAGCAGAAAUUCUUGUCGACCUACUAUAUUCAAAAAAGUUUUUCUCAACUGCACGCAUUGAAACAGGGAUCAGGCACCGCAGAAGAGUAUUCCCGUGAAUUCGAGUACUUACUGAUGAAGUGUGAUGUACCGGAGGAUGACCCUCAAACUCUUGUUCGAUAUCUUGAGGGUCUAGAACCAAGGGUGGCUAAUGUUGUUGAAUUACAUUCCUAUCAAACCCUUUCUGAAUUAACUUUGCUGUCUCACAAAGUGGACUCUCAACAACGGGCCAAGGGUAAAUUCGAGUCCAAUCCUUCCACCUUUAAGCCCACUACUUAUUCUAAGCCCACAAUCACACCUAAAUCCAUUCCGACUACUCAAUCAAAACCUUCCAAAGUCCCCAAUUCCGAUUCCACUCCCCCCAAGGCCCCCCCGACGUUGUUUUCGAUGCCAAGGACUGGGCACAUUGCAUCCGAGUGCCCGAAUAAACGCAUCAUAUCGCUCGCUGAUUUUGAAUCAGCAGGUGGGUUUGAGUUCGAAUCUGAAUUCACCACUAUUCUAGCGAUACCGUCUGAAGAAGAAGUCGAGGUGACCGGGCCAGACGAAGGUCAGUGCCUUGUUGUUCGCAGAGCUCUUAGCACGACCUUGGUGCAGGAAGAUAGUCUGCAGUGUGAAUCAAUUUUCCAUACCCGCUGUACUAUCGCAAAGAAGGUAUGUUCAGUGAUAAUCGACGGGGGCAGCUGCACCAAUGUGGCUUCUCAAACUCUGGUCGCUAAAUUGAACCUCACCACUCAACCACAUCCAACCCCGUAUGUUAUUCAGUGGCUUAAUCAAGGAAAAGGUAUCCGCGUCUCCCAUCGUGUUUUAUUGUCCUUCAGUAUUGGCAAGUCAUAUGUUGAUGAAUUGUGGUGUGAUGUCAUACCGAUGGAUGCGUGUCACGUGUUACUCGGACGCCCAUGGUCUUCCUCCAAACGUUCCAUCCAACACAAAAUUGAUUUCAUUCCAGGAGCUUCCUUACCUAAUAAACCAGCCUAUCGUAGUAACCCACAAGAAACUAUCGAGAUCAGAAAACAGGUUGAUAAACUACUAGAAAAGGGGCUUAUUCGUGAAUCACUUAGUCCUUGUGCAGUUCCGACCCUUCUUGUACCUAAGAAAAAUGGGGAAUGGCGGAUGUGCAUGGAUAGUCGGUCAAUCAACAAGAUCACUAUCAAGUACCGGUUCCCUAUACCAAGGCUAAAUGAUUUGCUGGAUGAAUUACAUGGUUCCACGGUGUUUUCGAAGAUUGACUUGCGAAGUGGGUACCAUCAAAUUCGUAUUUAUGAAGGAGAUGAAUGGAAGACGGCUUUCAAAACAAAGGAAGGGUUGUAUGAAUGGCUUGUUAUGCCAUUCGGCUUAUCGAAUGCGCCAAGUACUUUUAUGAGGCUGAUGAACCAUGUCUUAAAACCAUUCUUGGGAAGCUUUGUUGUGGUAUAUUUUGAUGAUAUACUAGUGUACAGCCGAACCACUGAAGCCCACCAAUGCCACCUUUCACAAUUGUUCAAAGUUCUUGACCAUGAAAAGCUUUAUGGGAACUUGGAGAAGUGCGAAUUUUUUACUAACAAAGUAACUUUUCUUGGCUAUCUUGUCUCUGAACAGGGUAUACAAGUAGAUGAAAAAAAGAUCCAAGCCAUUCGUGAUUGGCCCACACCCCAAUCCAUUCAACAAGUUCGAAGUUUCCAUGGCCUUGCUUCUUUCUAUCGACGUUUUAUCAAGAAUUUCAGCACUAUCGUGGCGCCCAAGACUGAGCAUUAUUUAGUCUCCAAAGAAUUCAUUCUGCACUCUGAUCAUGAAGCCUUAAAGUAUAUACAAGGCCAAUAUAAGCUACAACCCCGUCAUGCCAAAUGGGUAGAAUUCCUUCAAGCUUUUACUUUCACUAUCAAACAUAAGUCAGGCAAGUUAAAUAAAGGAGCUGACGCCCUCUCGCGUAAGUUUUCUUUACUUAAUUCACUUCAGCCACGUGUUCUUGGGUUUGAACUGUUACAAAAUGAGUAUUCCAUGGAUCCUGACUUCGGGGACAUCUAUACCAGCUGCAAGAAUCAUGCACAGGGUGAGUUUCAUGUGUUUAAAGGGUUUUUAUUUAAACAACAACAGUUGUGUAUUCCUCGUCAUAGCGUUUGA